GAUUCCUCCAUGUUUCUGGAUUUGAAUCCCCAGAUUCACAUCACCUUCACUAUCCCUAAUUUUCAAUGCCCAUUGCCAAACGCAUCUAACCUCGCUUUGUGCUUCUAUGGUUCUGAUUGUGAACCCGUGACGUAUCCAUUAUGAUCCCAGACUGGCCAUUUUUGAAACCGCCAAGCACGUCUACGCUAGUUAUCCUACCCCGUGAUCAUUUUCCCCCCACUAAAUUCCAACUUUCCAAACAUACCCAUCAUCAUCAAUUCUUCGUCUUUUUUUAUUGCUUAUAUAAAUUCCCCAGCUUUCCUCCUCCACUAUGACCACUCCUCCCGGGAAACCACAAUCCUCCUUCUUUCGGCCCAAAUCUUCUUUCCUCCUGUUUUCCAUGGCUUCGCUUCUUUCUCUUUCCCUUCUCUCCCUCUUCCUCUUCCUUUCUCUCUCCUCCGCCGCUCGCCACCACCAGAAACCACCCGUCACCUCCCCCUCCUCCGGCUCUUCUGCUGUCGUCCAGAACGCUUGCAAGGCCACUCGCUUCCCUGAACAAUGCCAAUCUUCUCUAACCAAACUCCCUUCAGAUCCCACUCCAGUUCAAAUCCUCCAAUCCGCCUUGUCGGUGUCGUCGGAGAACCUCAAGACGGCGCAAUCCAUGGUCAAGUCCAUCCUAGACUCAUCGGCAUCCAGCGUCAACCGCACCACCGCUUGCAAGGUCUGCAUGGAGGUGCUCCGUCUCUCCGACUACCGCAUCGGUAUGGCCAAUGACGCGCUGCCGCGUGGCAGGAACAAGGACGCUCGCGCAUGGAUGAGCGCCGCCCUGCUCUACCAGUACGACUGCUGGUCCGCUCUGAAGUACGCCAACGAUACUCGCCAGGUCGGUGAGGCGAUGGCCUUCUUGGACUCACUUACCAGGAUCUCCAGCAACGCGUUGAGCAUGAUGGCGUCGUACGACGUCGUUGGAAAAGACAUUGCGUCGUGGAGGCCACCUUUAACGGAGCGCAAUGGGUUCUGGGAGGGAUCCAGGUCGGGUUCUGGGUCGUUGGGUUUCAGGGGUGGGUUUCCGGCGAAAGUGAAGCCGGAUGCUACAGUGUGUAAGGAUGGAGGGAAUGGGUGUUACAAGACGGUGCAGGAGGCUGUUAACGCUGCUCCGGAAAACGCGGGUGACAAGAAAUUUGUGAUAUACAUAAAGGGAGGUGUUUAUGAAGAGACUGUUAGGGUUCCGUUGGAGAAGAAGAACGUGGUGUUUUAUGGGGACGGAAUGGGGAAGACCAUCAUCACUGGGUCUGCUCAAGCGGAUCAACCGGGAAUGACGACAUACCUUUCAGCUACUGUUGCUGUUCUGGGUGAUGGAUUCAUGGCCAAGGCUCUCACAAUCCAGAACACAGCAGGCCCUGUCGCUCAUCAAGCAGUAGCCUUAAGAUCAGACAGCGAUUUCUCUGUGUACGAAGAAUGUGAAUUCAUAGGCAAUCAAGACACACUCUAUGCUCACUCCCUUCGCCAAUUUUACAAAUCAUGCCGCAUGCUGGGCAAUGUAGACUUCAUCUUUGGCAACUCUGCUUCCAUCUUCCAAGACUGCCAAAUCCUAGUCCGGCCCCGACAAGUGAAGCCGGAGAGCGGCGAGAACAAUGCUGUCACUGCACAUGGCAGAACAGACCCUGCUCAAACCACUGGCUUUGUUUUCAUCAACUGCUUGAUCAAUGGGACCAAGGAGUACAUGGAUUUGUACCAUAGGAAGCCUCAGAAGCACAAGAACUACUUGGGGAGGCCAUGGAAGGAGUACUCAAGAACAGUGUAUAUUAACUCAUUCUUAGAAGCUCUGAUAACGCCCACUGGCUGGUUGCCAUGGGGUGGUGAUUUUGCACUUAAGACGCUUUACUAUGGAGAAUAUGCCAACACAGGACCUGGCUCUGAUCUGAGUCAGAGAGUACCAUGGAGUAGUAAGGUCCCACCUGAGCACAUAUCUGCAUAUUCAGUUCAGAAUUUCAUCCAAGGAGAUGAGUGGAUUGCAUCAUCCAUGAUUAGCUCGUUAGAUUUGUCAUAGAGAAAAUAGAAUGCCUGAAGGAGCCAUCUGAAUGAAUUGCUUCAUAUUCUGGGCACAACUGUUUUUUUCGUCUAAAUAAUGAAUAGUAAUAGUAUUAUAAAUGUAUAACUACUGAUACGAUUUGAGUAUAUCUGCAAGAGGGUUGCCUUAGUAUGAUGCAAGAUUCAGGCUUUACCAUGUUGGUCCUGCUAUAUGACCUAGAGUGGUCCGUGCUCUUUCAUA